AUGAGUGUUGGGAGUCUGCUGAAUAAAGUGCAGACAGAGCAAAUACAAGAAUCAAGAGAGGCUCUGGUACAACUGGAAGAAUUAAUAUUAGAAGGAGAUACAACCCAUAUAUUCAAAGAAUUCUGCGAGUGCACCAGCAUAAUAAUAGGAUGUAAAAAGGGAGACCUCCCAAAGAGCCUGCUUCAGUUUAUGAAUGAGCUAAUGAAAAGGCUAAAACACGCAAAAACAGGAAGAAAUUUUAUGCACAACUUAAUAAAGUAUCUGGUGCGGGGUAUAGAUUCAAAAUUAAAACAUGUGCGGUAUAAUAGUCUUUCGCUUCUUUGGAGCUGUAUGGAGCACUUAGAUAGUGUUAGUCCUAGGCUGUGGGAAAUAGUAAAGGUAAAAAUAGGAGAGAAACUAUUUGAUAAAGAAGUAAAUGUAAGAACACAGGCAGUUAGAAUAGCAGCGAAGUAUCAGGAAACAGCGAUUGAAAAUGGGCUACAGUUCUACAAGCUAUUCAAAGACUUACUUAGGUAUGAUUCGUCAGCAGAAGUACGCAAGUUAGUACUGCAGUAUAUUGUGGUAAAUAAAAGCACAAUCGAGGCAAUAAUUAGCAGGGCUGCGGAUGUAAGCGAAGGUGUUCGGAUGGUUUUUGUGAUGAGCAAGCUUUCUCUUAUACCAUGGGAGGACGGUCUUUCACUUGAGCAAAGGUCUGGAUUACUACAAGCAUUAGAGGAGGAAAGAGUGCCGGAAAUAAGAAAAAAGUCGAUUGAAAGAAUUGAAGUGAUUUUUGAGGAGGUUUUUCUGGGGAAGUAUGAGAUGUUCACAAAUGCAUUCUAUCUGGAAAACAGAAACAACAAAUCUUUGGAGAGAAUUUUAAAGGAACUAAUGAAGAGAUAUGAAUAUGCAGAUGGUUUUACAGAAGAGUUUCUAGAAAGAGCUACACCAUCUCUUUUAUUUCUUAUGUGGGUGUCACUUGAGCACAUAGACAGAGAUAGGGGAAGAGAUAAUUUAUUUCUACCAGAGAUGCCAGUUCUUUUAAAGUCUAUUGCUGAUGCGUCCUGUUCUGUUGAUAGCAGCGAUCAGUAUGAAGGUACUCUGGCCCAUGCACUAUUUGCUCUUUUAGAGUACUACGAUGUAUUUCAGAGCAAUGAAAGAAAUCUUCUGAUAAAGUGCGGAUUAUACAUUCUGUCGCAGCCAGCGCGACUGCUGGGUGGGGUAGUAAACUCGGUGUGCCACAUGAUAAUAAAAGCAUGCAGCGGAUCGCACAGCGACAAGUUCUAUAUAAAAGCGCUUUCGGUUGGGGAGGAAAGAACGCAGGUUUUAUUCGCAGAGGCGCUUAUGAAAGCCAGAGAGUUUUCUGUUGAAAGUUUUCCGUCUGUAUACCAGAUGAUUGAGAUGAAAUACAGAACUGCAAUAUUCUCUUCUGACUUGGAUAUAAAAGAGUGUUGUAUUAGACUUUUGGUGUUGUACGCAUCUGAAAUAAAUAGCUGUGACGAGGCUCUUGAACAGUUGCUGGCUCUGGCAAAGCAGAAUUCACAAAGUGCAUUAUGUGCACUAGUUGAUUUGUCUGCCAUUUUUAGGGAAAGACGGGAUAUAUUCAAUUUGGCUUUUGAGCUGGUAAAGACAGUAGAAUUUACCCUUCAGGAUAAAUCAGUUACAAAAAUGCUUCUGUCGGGGCUGCCCACAGAAGAACAAAGAACAGAGCUGCUAGAAAAACUGAUAGUCCGGUUCUAUUCUGAACAGACUAAUUUAGAAGAUGCCCAAUACUUACAUGUGUUCUUUUACGAAUACUUUAGAAAUAAUCACUCAGUGGUAUUUACUGUAUACACCAAGGCAGUUUCACAGAUAAAGCACUGGAAGGUAUUUAACGACCAAAUAGUAUAUUGGUUUGAAAGCCAGCAAGAAAAUGCUACCACAGAAACAGACCUAUUGCUUGAGGUUCUUUCUGUUGUUUUGAAAGCGCUAAGCACAAGCACAGACAAAAUGCCACUAAAAGAGAAGAAAGAGAUACUUCAAAGACACUUAGAUUUGCUAAGCAAGGUAUCUGUGCUGAAAUAUACACUUUCAGAGGAAGAGAAGACCCUUGCAAUUGAACUAUCGAGCGCACUAAGCAAACAAACAGUUAAAAUACUGCCAGAUAAUGAUGUGGUAAAGAACAUCUUGUUUGAUCUCAUAAGCAGAGAAUAAUAAACCAUCCGCUUCUGUAAUGUAUACUAUGCCUCUAUAUUAAGAUACAACCCUUAUUACAAAUAGCCACUCUAUCUUUCUUAGCAUAUAAAUAAAAUAUAACUAGACUCCC